CCCGACCAGUGUUGUCCACGGGCAACUUUCUAACUCUACGCCUUGUGACCCGAGGAACUCAGCCAAGGGUGGACUUUGUUGGAGACUUCACUUCAUUCAGGCUGGGUUUUAACCAAUCAGAAUGCAGCGGAGAACCUUACUUCAACUGUCGCAAUGGGAAGUGUAUUCCCAUGAGUCUGGUUUGUGAGGAUGAUAAAGGCAUUGACAACUGUGGCGAUGGCAGCGACUUAAUCGAUUACCCUGGUUGCAAUGGUCCUCUAUCUACACCCAAGCCCCCACAGCAUCAUGUUACCCAACCAGGACAGAUGCUGAAUGUUCCCACACGGACAGUGUCCACGUUAAAGAACUGUGCCACUCCAAAUGGCAUUCCUGAUCCAAACUCUGUGACUGAUUCCCAGUCUUCCAUUUCUCUGCUGGCGCUGUAUGUGGUCCUGGGUGUGACUGCAGGAGGGGUUCUCAUGUGCUGGUGCUGUUGGGCCCCCGGCUGGUUCUUGUGGCGCUGCCUGCAGACAUUGUGAGAUGGCCAUGCUCAUCUUCAUAAUCUUUCAUCUUUUCCUGGAGAUUAAAUCACAAGGUUUUCCACAGGCCAAGCUGACAAUAUUUCCAACAUUUGCCGUUGAUGAAGAAAAGGUGCAGAUGGUCUGUGGAGGUCAGGAGAACCAACAUAUAUCUGAGUGCAUGUUUUACCCUGUAGGACAGGAGCAAUUUAUACAACCGGUUACAUCAUGUAAGCUUUCCCUUACCGGUGCCGAACUGAUCUCAUGGUCACGAGAUCAGGAGAGUUCACAUGUUAACAUAUCCUGCUACUACAGCAUAGGAAAAAAUGAAACAUCACCUCAUUCCGACAGAGUCUCAGUUAGGGUCAGAGGUUUGGCCACCACGUCAUCUUUGCCCCCAACCACAGAGGGCAGCCCAACUACUACGACCCCCAAUGAAACCAUUCAAGGAAAUUCAUCCACUGAGCCAACAUCGAACACAGCACUAGGUUUGGCUGUAACAUCCAGUGCUGAAAUCGUAACAGAUUCAAUAACCACACCCUUUGAAUCGACUACGCUCACUGAUGCUACAGAACAUGCAUCAGGCACUUUUUUCCUUACUGAAGGCACUGACUUCAAAAAGUACUCGAAUACAAAAAUGUUUUUCUCCAUUGCUGCGGUCGCAAGCGGUGCAGGAAUUUUACUGACUGUACUUGUGAGCAUCUGUUUGUACGGAUGUACACGAAAGUCAAAGGCAGAGAGGAUUUGGAUUGAAUUCAACAGCAAAAAACAUGAACGUUCUUUACCAACGGCCAGUUCAGACACACCUGCAGAAGAAGAUGUAGUGAUUUAUUCAACCCUGAACUUCACACAACCCCCUUCACAACCACUAGGUACCAGCGACAGCAGGAGUGUUUACAGUCAGCUGAAGCUCCGCUGAAAGAAUCAAACUCUGCCUGCUACUGUUUUAUUGCAGGUCAGAGAUAAUCAAUCAGAACUUUAAACUAGAUUUAAUCCUUUAUAUAGCGAAUGCCUUUUAUUGUAAAUGUUAUUGUAACUUCUGCUACGUAAUGUCAUUAUCUUAACCUUUUAAAAGUGUGUCAUGAAGAUCUGUCUGGUUUCGGCUUACUAGUUUUACACAUACAGUAGGGUCACAGCAUUAAUAUGCAAACCUUUAAGCAAUAAUAAUCACCUAACAAUUGUUAUACUGUGUUAUUGUGGAUGGCCCUUGUAUUGAUGAUCAUAUUUUAUCCCGUUGCUUUGUGUGAAUAUUAUUACCCGAUGUUCAUUAUUUAAAGCACCUCAUUUUAUCUCACUGCAAACAGACAGGAUUAAAAAAUUCAGCUUUGCCAUCACAGGAAUAAAGUAUAUUAAAUUGGAAUAAUAUUUCACAAUGUUGUAUUUGUUAACAAAUAAAUGCAAACCUAGUGAGCAAGAGAGACUUCAUUCAAAAACAU